AUGUCGUCAACAUCCAGCGCCCCGGGUGGCUCGGACUCAUUAUCCAAAGAGUCGCAGAGUGGCAUGGUGAUGAUAGUCUCUGCCGUUCUAACUGGGCUCUCGACGAUCGUGGUUCUGCUGCGGCUCUAUACUCGCUAUGUUAUCCUCGGUACGGCUGGCGCCGACGACUGGACGAUGGAAGCACAUUACGGCCUCGGUCGCCAUCUAGCAACGUUGAGCCAGGAGAAUGUUGUGAGGUCUCUCGAAUGCCUAUUCGCCGUGAUCUUCAGCUACAACAUUGGCAUGAAUGUCAUCAAGGUCUCCUUCCUCCUGCAGUACCGCCGUAUUUUUCCAAGCCGCACUUUGCGCAUCGUUUGCUUCUGGGGGCUUGUGUUUGUUGGGUUAUGGACGGUCAUUCAAGGAGUUCUACUUUCAAUAACCUGCAUUCCCCUGGCAACAAUCCAGCCUAGUACGGCGUCAUGGUGUCUCGACACUCUGCCUAUCUGGGAAUUCACGUCAUCUGUGGGCCUAAUCACCGACUUCGCUAUUUUCCUGGUUCCAUUGCCCGAAAUCUGGAAACUGCCUAUAGCCUCGCGCCAGAGGAUAGUUCUGUUCGGAAUUUUUGGUCUCGGGUUCUUUGUAUGCAUUGUGUCAAUCAUUCGCAUCCCUACCCUCCAAGCCGCAUCGAAGGCAGCAGACCCAACCGCGGACAACGUUUCGGCCGCCCUAUGGACACUGACAGAGCUGAACGCCGCCAUCCUGUGCUCUAGCCUACCGGUUCUGAGGCCGCUCGUCUUCAAGUCGACCGGGCGCGGCAGCAAAAGGACGAUCACGGGCCCCAAUAAUCCUUCCAAGCAGGGCUCGAAAGGAGAAGCGUUGGAGUUGACGACAACGUCCCGAAGAAAAACUAUGAGAUCGACAGUUACGGGGCUCAACAACGAGAGCUCGGACGAGUUGGUGACUUCCACAAUCGAUGAAUUAAUAUAUGUAUCCGGCGAGCCUGGCUCUAGACGUGGUGCUGGUUAUAACACCGCGGCGCUCACGGAUGAUAAUGCGGCGGAGCUGGGACAAGCGGUCCAGACAUGGGAUUACAACGAUAAAAGGGAGAGGACUAAUUAG